CACUUUCUGUCUGCAGCUUGUGCAGCACGGAUCCUCGUUUUGAAUCAAAUAACUAUCAAGAGUGUUUCUGUUCUCUUUCACAAUGACGCUGAAGAAAUUCUUCCUUUAAAGGUCGCACAGGAACCAAAAAGAGGAAGAGGAAGAAAAGUGGACAGAGAGAGGCGAUGGACACGACAGAUGAGAACGGCAGUCUAGUCACGGUGGCGAAUGGUGCUUAUCCGGUGCGGUGCACUGAGGAAGUACUUCUCCCUUUCUUCACAGAUGAGAGUCUGCAGGCUGCAAUGGACUCCAGACGCCCUCCUGCUUCAACCAGCGUCCCUCCUGCUCUCCCAGAACUCAGACUGGUCCUCCUGGGCAGGAAAGGAACCGGGAAGAGCGCGGCAGGCAACACCAUCCUGGGAGGAGUGGGAGGGUUCGAGAGCGGGAAGCCCACGGAGGAGUGCGUGAAAAGACGAGCUGACGUGGCAGCGAGAAAAGUCACGGUGGUGGACACACCCGGGUGGGAGUGGUACUACCCGCUCAACAGCACCCCCAACUGGGUGAGGAGAGAAACUUUACGGAGUGUAUCGCUUUGUCCUCCCGGACCCCACGCUGUGCUUCUGGUGGUUCGGUCCUGCGCCUCAGUCACUGACGCCUACAUCUCUGAGAUAGAGGAGCACCUGGAGCCGCUGGGAAAAGGAGUCUGGGAGCACACCAUGCUGCUGUUCACCAGGGGAGACGAACUGGGCCUGACCACCAUGGAGCAACGGAUUCUGACCAGCGGCCCACCUCUCCAGAGACUCCUCCAGAAGUGUGGGAACAGAUACCAUGUUGUGAACAAUCGCAGCAAAGGAGACGGGACGCAGGUCAAAGAGCUGAUAAGGAAGCUGGAGCAGAUGGUGGAGGCGAAGAAAGGUGGAAACAGUCAUCUGGAGAUGGACAACACAUUGCUGCUGGGAUUGGAAGCAGACGGGAAGAGGAGAGCGAGGGAGAGGAGGAAGAAACAGAGGCAGAUGGAGGCACAGAUGCAGAGAGGGACCAUCAAAGCAGCUCUCACAAGUGAUGGUCCUCAGGGCUCCGAGCUCGAUGCUCAUCAGUCUUUCUCCAAGGCUCCGCGACGUCUCCCCGAGGUCAGGCUGGUUCUCCUGGGUGAGCGCGAAACUGGGAAGAGUUCUGCUGGGAAUACAAUCCUCGGGAAAACAGGCUUCUUCCAAGCCGGGGCAGUAACAGAGGAGUGCUUCCGUCAGCAAGCAGAGGUGGCCGCGCGGCUGGUGACGGUGGUGGACACACCGGGCUGGGAGGCAGGUGUGGCGGGUGCUACACCGGAGAGGGUGAAGAGGGAAAUUGCGGGUAGCGUGGCUUUGUGUCCACCAGGGCCCCACGCACUCCUGCUGACUCUGAGAGUGGACACACUGGUGAGGGUGGGACAUGUGAGGGAACAUCUGGAGCUUUUGGGCGAGGGUGUGUGGAGACACACAAUCUUGCUGUUCACCCACGGCGAUCAGCUGCGAGAGGGGGUGGAUAUUGAACAGCACGUCCAGGGUGGGGGCAGAGACCUGCAGUGGCUGCUGGACAAAUGCAGGAGCAGGUACCAUGUCAUCAGCAGUGUAGAUGGAGGAGGAAGAAGAAGUGGAGGCUCCACUAAGGUGACAGAGCUCCUGGAAAAAGUGGAAAAGAUGGCGACAACAAACAGGUGUGAGGCUUUCUCCUGUCUGGUUCAGGAGGUCAGGGAUCUGAGCCGACAAAGGAACGAAAAGUUCAACCAGCGCCUGAAGGAGGUGGGAGAUAAGAUGCUUCGUCAGGAGGGGGAGUUGAAGAAUAUGAGAGACAGAGAGAUGAAGAGCAUCAGAUGGUUCUUUGAUAGGAGGAAGAAGGUAAAAUCACCUGGGAAGGCCGACAUUCAAAGGGAAGAAGAGGAGGAUGAGGACAGGAGGAGCCUCGGGGAGAGGAAGAAUGAUAUUGGCGAACUAGAGGACAGGAUACGAUGGCUGACUGAGGAUAAAGAGAGAGAAAUUCAGGAUAUGGGCAUAGAAAACGAGAGAAUCCAAGUAGCACUAAACCAAAGUAGACGAGACAGGGAUGAGGUGAUGCUUAAACUGGAGCUAAAAGAGAGUGAGAUUGAGGAGCUGACAGAAAGAAUUGACGAGCAGCAACUGAAGCUGCUCGACCUUGAAUGUGCCGGUGUAGAAAAUGAACAUGAGAGAAAACAGAGGGAGGACGCCAUUAGAGCGGAGAAACAAGAGUGGAGGAAAAAAGUGGAGAAAUUGGAGGAAACUGUAAAGCUGCAGGAGAGAGAAAGAGCAGAGUGGAUGGAAAAAGUCGAUUCUUUAAAAGCAGAAAUGGACGAGACAAAAAGACACUAUGAUGAUGUUCUUGAGAGAAAAGAACGAGAAAAUAACAGAGAGAUGACAAAGCUGGAAGAAAAACUAAAAGAAGAGAUGGAAAUAAAACUGUUUGAAAAAGACAAAGAGAAGGAUGAGCUGAGAAAGAAAGCCUCGGAUGAAAAGCAGAUAACUCUCGAUAAUUUAAAACAACAUGAAAAAGAAAUGGAAAGGAAAGUUGAGGAAAUGAAAUCACAACACGAGAAAGAGAUAGAGAGAAAAACCCAAGAGAAAGAAACAGCAAUACAAGACAUGAAGGUGAAGCAUCAGGAGGAGAUCGCUAGAAAAAUCAGUGAGAAAGAACAAAUGAUGGUGAGAACAAAAGUUCAACAUCGAGAAGAGAUUGAUCAGAAUUUGAAAGAAAAAGCACAUGAUAUGGAAAGCAUCCAACAGCGGCAUGAGAACGAAAUUAGGAACAUACAGCAAGAAAACCAGAGAGAGAUUACAGAUCUGAAAGAGCAGUUUGCAAAAGAAAACGAGGAACAUAAGCAAGCGAAAGAGAAAGAGAUAGCUGAGCUAGAACAAAUGUAUCACGCCCAAAUAACAGAAAAAAUGCUAGAAAAUGAGAAAGACAAGGAACAGAUUCAUUUAAAUCACAAAAAAGAAGUGGCACAGAAGAUGCAAGAGAAAGAAAAUGAAAUAGAAGCUUUAAAACUGCAGCAUUGGGAAGAAAUGGCAAGAAAAACGAAUGAAAUGGAAAAACUGAUGGAGGCGAUGAGAGCUGAACAACAGGAUGAGAUGGAUAGAAAAAUGAAAGAAAACAAGGAAGAUGUAGAAAGAGUCCAACAACAGUACCUGGAAAAAAUGAAGGAGAUGGAAGAAGAAAGAAAAAGAGAGACUGAAGAGCUGAAAGAGCAGUUUGCAAAAGAAACUGAGAGACAAUUGCAGGAAAGACAAACACAGAUAAGAGAGUUAGAACAAAAAUAUGCUGCACAGAUAGAAGAAAAAGUGCUAGAGAAUGAGAAAGAGAAAGAAAUGAUUCAUCAAUCCAAUGAAAAAUACACUUUGGAAAAACUGCAAGAGAAAGACAGACUAACAGAGGAGUUAAAACGUCAGCACACUGAUGAAAUUGAAGAAAAAAUGCACGAAAGUGAAAAAGAAAAAGAAAGAUACGAGACAGAGAUGGAGAAAAAGGUGGAGGAAAAGGAAAAGGAGAUUGAGGAGGUGAAACUGAAUGUCAAAGAUCUGAAGAAAAAGCUGCAACACAAGGAGGAGAAAGAAAUGGAUCACGCUAAUUACAAAAAAGAAACAGAGCAAACACUGGAAGAAAAAGAAAGAGAAAUUGAGGAGAUUAAAGUAAAUGUCAAAGAGAUUAAAGAGAAACUGAAACAAAAAGAAGAGGCAGAAAAAGUACACGAAAAUAACAAGAAAGAAACGGAGCAAAGACUGGAAGAAAAAGAAAGAGAAAUAGAGGCGACCAAAGAACAUUUAAAACAACUUGAACAAAGAGAAAAGGAUCAAUUAAAUCACAAGAGACAGAUGGAGCAAAAACUGGAAGAAAAAGAGCGAGUGAUAGAAAAGUUGAACCAGCUUUUAAAGGAUAUCGAAGAGAUCCUGCAAAGGAAAGAAGACGAGAGAGGAGAAAUUAUUCUAAACCAAAAGAAAGAGGCAGAGCAGCGACUGCUAGACAGAGAGAGGGAGAUGGAGGAGAUGAAAGAGCAGCUUUUAAAUGAAAUGGAGAGAAUGGUAAAAGAAAAGGAAAGUGAGAUUGAAAGCAUUAAACAGCAGGCCGACUCCAGGGAGAUGACAUGGAGGGAAGAGCAGAAGAAGAAGGAUGAGAGAGGAGAAAACGAGAUGAACAAGCUGAUAGAAAUCAUCGAUGCAAAAACUAAAGAGAUAACACAAGCAAAGUGUCUUCUUGCAGAGAGAGACCGUGAGGUGGAUGAGGCAAGAAAGACAUGUGCAAACUACUUAAAAGAUAUUGAAGAUCUGAAAGAAACCAAUCAAAUCCAGACCUCCAGCAUCAUUGAGAUACAACAACGUCACACAGAGCAGGAAAAGAAGAAAGAUAGUGAAAUUAUGGAAAAACUGCAGGAGAAAGAAGCGGAGCUUGAGCAACUGAGGCAAAGAGACAGAGAAAACGAGAAAGAGAUCGUCCAUUUGAGGCUAACGAUCGAGCAGACAAAGUCCGAACUGAAGGAUCUCACCAACAAGAUGGAAAGGGAGAUGACGAGCAUGAUCCAAGAAUACGAAAAGGAGAUUGCAAGAAGAAAUGAGAACAUAGAAUCACUGGCAAAGGAGAAGGACGACGCUUUAAGUCUUUUGGAGGAGGAAAGUCGGCAAAGUAUUUCGAACAUUACAGAGAAAUACGAGCAAAGUCUCAAGAAAGUUGAGGAGCUGCAGGAGCAAAAUGAGAAGAUGAGAAAGGAGACGGAAAAUCUUAAAAUAAAGUAUGAGGAGCUGAAGACGGAGAGUGAAGAAGAAGUUAGGAAACAUCUCAGUGGAUGGGAAGAGCAGGCAAAGAGCAAAGAAUCUGAAAUCCAAAGUGUUUUUGAAGAGAGAGAUCUGGAGGUCAGGGAACUUAAAGAGGCAAAUGACAAACUGCAAGUACAGAUAGAAAGGAUGAAGGAAAGGGACGAUGAGGCGAAAACGCUGAUGAACGAGCAGAGAGAGCAUUUUGAGAGGCAGCUGGAGGAGAAACAAAAUGAGUUCAGAAUUAAGGAUGAAGAGAUUGAACAGAAAUUCUUGAAAAGGGAAAAAGAAGUAAGGCAAAGGGAACAGGAGCUGAGUAGAAACGAAGAAGAGUUGAGCGAAAGAGGAAGUAAGUUAGAUGUGAAAGAGCUAGAACUUGUUGAAAGAGAAGAAAAGCUAGAAAGUAAGGAACAAGAGCUUAGAAAACUGGAGGUGAAUCUAGAGAUACAACAACAAGAACAAGAGGGAAGAGAUCAGUGCGAGCAAGAUGUGAGAGUGAAAGCGCAGAUUAUUGAGAAAAAGGAGAGGGAGCUAGAAAGCUUGCUUCGAGCUCUGGAAGGGAAACAGAAAGAGUUAAGCUGUCACGGUCAAGACCUUCAGAAGAAGGUAAGAGGUCUGAAGGACCAGGGGAAAGAGCUAAAAGAUAGGGAGCACUAUUUAAAAAAUGAAGAACAGGAGUUGAUCAACUGGAAGUCGGAGUUGCAGAUACGAAACGAGCAUGUAAACUCGACGACUCAGCAGUUAGACGAGAUGGGGAGAGACUUGGCUUUACUGAAAGAAGAACUUCACCAAAAAGAGAAAAACUUAAAGAUCUCACUCAAAAGACUCAACGAUUGGGAGCAGAGUCUCGAAGCACGAGAGGCAGGAUUGCGUGAGAGGGAGCAAAGGGAUUUGGAGAACGAGGUGAGUGCGUUCAAUCUCGAAGCUGCAGUUGGGAGCUCGGGAGACGACAUCCAUAUGAGAUACCAAGAGGUCAGAGAGAGAAGGGAAGAGGGAAGAGGAAGAGAGUCAGAAAGCACAAAGAAUGGGGAGGAUCAGACGAUGAAAACUGCAUCGUCAGCCGCGGAGAGCAAUAACUGUCAUCUUGAAACACUAAAAGAGAUGGACAUGGCUGAUUUUAAGGAAGGGAAGAAAGGCAGAGGGGACCUGGAAAUGGAAAAGGUCAUCGAGGAUAUGAGGUUGUUUUCUCAGAGUCGGGGUCAAGGACGCUCAAACCACAAAGACUCUCCUGGAUUGGAUUUCAAAGUGAUGGUGUUAGGGGAGUGCUGGUCAUCUCGCUCCCCCGCUGGAGUCACCAUCCUGGGUGGGGAAGCGUCCGAACUCGAUGGAUCUACCUUCAGGUCUUGGAGAGGUCAGAUUGCCGGGAGACACCUCGCGGUUGUAGAGCCGCUAGGUUUGAGGUGGCGAGAUGGACCGGACCCAACAAACAUAUCGCUGAGGAAAAGCCUUCUCGACAGCAUCUCCUGGUGUCACCCAGGACCUCACGUCGUCCUCCUGCUCAUGCCGGCCUUCUUAACCUGCACGCAGAGGUACAGGAGAGCUGUGGAGGAGCACAUGAGUUUGCUUGGGGAAGAGAUCUGGCAGCGCGCCUUGGUGUUGUUCACAUGGGGGGAAACUUUAGGGGUGAGCGCAGAGCAGCACAUCCUGAGGAACGGGGAGCUGAUGGGGCUCGUAGAGAGAUGUGGCGGCAGGUACCAUGUGCUGACCAGCAAGAGAACCAACUCUGUGAUUGAAGGACUGUUUGAAAAGAUGGAGGAAAUAGUGGCUUUGAACAACAGGGAGCAGUGUUUGGUGUAGCUCUGUGAUCAGACUGUGUCUGAAUUUAUUGUGUAAAUACUGUGUUUUUUCAUGUCGUCAUGUGAAUAUUGUCUAAUAAAUUUAAGGAAGAAGUACUCAGAUCUUUUAAUUUAUGCAGAAGUAUUAAUAACAGUGUAAAAAUCCCCAAUUGCAAGGAAAAGUACUGAAUUUUAACAGAAACAAUUUUAGUCCAGUGGAUCUCAACAUGGUUUUUUGUUGAAAUAUUGGAGACAUUAACCUCUUUGGGCAUCAAAAAAAUAUCAAAAGUAAAACCAUCUGAGAAGUUUAGAGGGGAAAUCACUUUUUGGUUAAACAGCUAACAAUUAAAACGUCUGAAAAAUUACAAGGGGCUGGUUUAAUCUCGAAGAACAUAUUGUAUUUUAUAAGCCUAUCAUGUGUUUUUUAAUGCGGAUCUGAAAAGUAACCAGUAACUACAGCUGUCAAAUAAAUGUAGUGGAGUAAGAAUAUAAUAUUUUACUUUGAAAUUUUGUAAAACAAAAGUACAAAGUAGCAGAAAAUACAAAAUACAAGUGGAAGUACCUCUCGAGCAUUGCAUUUAACAUCCUGCUUACUGAAUGAUUCAUGUAAACACUCAUAAAUUAAUUAUUACUUCAAAAAACAGUAAUUUAAGAUUCCGAAUGAGCCGCAACGCCGACAUGAUUUUUCAGACAAACCUCAUCUGACCUGCGCUGUCACCACUGGCGUCAGGGUGACUUUCAUACUUCUUCCACAAGAUGGGGACCUUGUGUCAGUGUGGAGCUGCCUGAGUAAUCAGUGUUGAAAGUCACUGAUGACAAGGAGUUGAUGGUGAAAGUAUAGUGAAGAUAGUCAAAUAUAUAUUUUUUUUAAAACCGUGUUUUACAAUUUUCUGUGUAAAUGGCUACUUUUUAAAAAAGGAAGAGUACACAAAGCCCGACUAGCAGGCCUGUGCUCCGUCUUGACUGGAGGUAUUUCAGGAGAACCAAACCAUCUCGCAAUUAUAACCCCAGGGAGCCUCCCGCAUGCUGAGAGGACUCCUGCUUUGACAAGUAAAUUAUGACUCUUGAUGAGAGGAGUACGGCUUUCUCAGAAUGCAAUUUUUGACAGCCAGGAAAAUGCGGGUGGAUACAUACAACAACUUCCAUCAUCCGCGGAGCCAGAUGCAACAUCCAAAAACACUCGUGUGCAAUCAUCAGGCUAAUAAUUAUGGACUGUGAGUGCUGGUCUGUAUCUCACAUGGCAGCAAUGUUUUUUAAUCUGUCCAUUCAAUGUGAGCUGCCUUUAGAGGCAAGAUGAGAGGGUGUUGUGUCAAGAUGGAUCCCUGCUUCUUUGAUCAUCUCUGUUUUCAAAGCGUCUGGGGAGAAAUUAAGAGAAAAAAAAAGAAAGAAAAAAAAAAGUUGUCAAAUUGCAGUUGAUGCAGACAUAAUUUUCAUUCAUUUUAAGCAUAAUGUUUUAAAGAUAUCAGGUAUCCAACACUCACUCAGCCAUAAUAUGUCAUAAGCAAUGGCCUUUUUCAUGUUUAAAUCCGUC